AUGGCUCCAAACGAAUAUAAUCAAAUGAUUAACGAUAAAACAGAACUAUUAAUACACUUUGCAAAGGCUAUCAUCGAUUUGAUGAAUCAACUAACAGUUAAUUCUGAGACAUCUUGCCCUAAUAAUUAUGAAAGCAAUGAUGUGAUUAUCAAAAAAAUUCAGCAAGGGGAGUACAAUGUUACUGAAAAAGACGAUAUCAAUGACCAAAGUGGCCUAUUAAUAAAGUUAAUAACUGAUAUUAACCACAGUGUUCAUUACCAAAAUGGUCAUGCUAAUAUUAAUCCUUCAUUCCAAGCAAAUCAAACUGAGUAUAAGGACUCACAACAUCUAAAUCAUAAUGGAUCUAUUCCUUCUCCGAUGGCUACUAAUGGUAGACGAGACUCUAAUGGCAAUUGUUCUGAUCGAGACAUCGAGCAGCAAAGUAACAACAGCAAUAAAAUUAAUCAAGAUGAAGUAUUAAAUGAAAGAACUCAUCGUCACAGUCUUAGUAAGGAACCCUCAAUAGAUAUUCCCAAUGCAGAUGAACAUAUAAUGAGAAAUGGCCAUGCCGAUAAUGCAGCUAAGACUAUAUCGAUAGCGGAUAUUCAGGAAGAAAAUUUAAAUACAGAUGGCGAAAAGGAUUCUCAAAAUAAAUAUUACGACAUAGCGACAUCUUCCGGCCUUGAAAAAGAAAUGUGUAAUGACUCUGUAACGAUAGCAAACCUUAGCGACCAUAAAGAUAAUGUUCAAGCACCAAUGGAUCUCCCUCAAGAUCAAAUUAUUAUAAAUGGAAACUCCGAUAGCUUAGAAAUCAGAGAUUUCAUUAAUCAGGAUUUUAAAGAAAAUUUCCAAAAACUUGAUGACCAUUUAAAUGAAAUAAACAUAUUAUCAUCUUCUAAAUUGGACGAAAUAUUAAAUCAACUAAGGAAGCAAUGGUUCGAAGUAGUGCUAGCUGAUAAUUUGCAAAUUGCUAUGUUAAAACAAUGGAUAGAAGAGACCAAAAUCAGUUCAAGUAAAGCCUUGAGUGUCAUCAUUGAUAUGCAAGACCUAAAUGGAAAUACACUUUUACAUCAUUGUGUCCACAAUAAGGAAUUUGCCUUAGCUGAAUAUCUUCUCAAUACUGAAUUAUGCCAAGCAGGCUUAUACAAUCAACUCGGGUAUACUCCAAUUAUGGUAGCUGCCUUAUUCGAUAUUAAAAAUGACGACGAACGACGUAUUAUUAUGAAAAUGCUAUCUCACAGCGAUGUAGACGCUAAAGCAACAAAAACUGGCCAAACAGCUCUAAUGUUGGCAGCAGCACAUAAUAAAGUAAUUUUUUCACACCUACUAAUCCAAGCCGGUGCCGAUAUCAAUUUACAAGAUAAGGAUGGAUCAACAGCUUUGAUGACAGCAUGCGAACAUGGUCUAAAAGACAUCGUUAAAUUAUUAUUAGCUCAACCCAAUAUUAAUGUUACUACUCUCGAUUAUGACAAUUAUGAUGCUUUAUCAAUAGCCAUGGGUAACAAUUUCAAGGACUGUGGUAUUCUUAUUUACAGCUACAUAUCUAAAACUUCUAAAGCUCAUUCUUAA